AUGAGUGACAACGAUCUGACAGUACAUAUUGGGAGUAUUCCCUUUGACUAUACAGAGGAACAGGUGGCUGAGAUUGCCCGUUCUGUGGGGCCUGUGAGCGAUUUAAAACUCAUGUUUGAUCCUAACACAGGAAGAUCUAAAGGUUCGGCAUUUGUGCGUUACGCUGAUCGAGAAACAGCAUUAUCGGCCGUAAGGAACUUGAAUAACAUGAACGUUGGCAACCGAUAUCUUCGGUGUUCCUUUGCGAGCGAAAGCGAUGCGUACGACUCUAUUCCAGACUUGUCUCAACACAAUAAAUUACCUCCUUUGCCGCUUGGGGUGCAAUUAUAUCAUAAUCAAAAUGCCCAGCAGGCGAUUUCGUCAAUAUUAUCUUCGUUGGAUCUGCAGACGGCGUCAGAGUUGUUGAAAGAGGCACGAGCAAUGAGUUUGGAAAACCCCAUUCUCAUGAAAAAAUUGUUGGAUCAGUGUCCGCAAUUGGCACACGCCUUGGUUGAAACAAGUUUGAUGGUCAACGUGACUACUAAAGACUUGGUGGAAUUGUGUCUUAAUAGGAUGCAGCCGGACUUGGAUACUAUAACCUACGACCAUGUGGAAUUGUUGAGGCAAAUCCAGGCUUUGACGAAAGAAGAAAUACUGGAUUUAGAUGCAGACAAACAAAAGGUGAUCAAUGACGUGAAAAACGAAAUAAGUAAGGGCUCUUACGGUAUUAUAGACUAG